AUGGUCAAACGCAGUCACUGCGAGCCCGACGGUGGCUCUCUCAAAAGGGCCAAGGUCGAAGGCGACAAUCAAAUCAAGGAUUUGUUGCAAUGUUGGGAGGAUUUGAAUGCUUCCAUGGGGACCCUCAAAGACUCUGCUCAAACACUGAGCUCACCGACCUUGGCUGCUGAUACGGCUUUCUGCGAUCGGCUGGUUUCUUUGAGCGAACGUCUUCUCAAAUCUACCCAGGCGCUGGCAUCCCAAAGUCGCGGCGGCGACCAUGCCAAGACAACCACUUCCUCUGACGACACAAUCGCAGUGUCUUCACAUGUUUCAUACACGAAGUGGACCUCUGCCGAUAUUCAAAACGACCUGCCUCCUCUUCCCGAGAUUAAGGAUGCAUCAAUAGAAAAUGCCGCCUUCACCCAUUCAUCCGUGGUUUGCAAUAAAAGUAGCGGUAUCCAAUCCUACGAUCGUCUCGAGUGGCUAGGCGAUGCGUAUCUCGAGCUCUUUUCGACUUGCUUCAUUUAUCAGACGUUUCCAGUCAUGUCGCAUGGUGCUUCCUCACAGUUACGAGAAAUGCUCAUACGGAACGACUCUCUUGCUCAAUGGACACAAGCAUACGGUUUGGAGAAGAAAGCCAGGCUCCCUCCAGAGUUCUUGGGUUUAAAUCAUAGCGGACAAGCUAUGAUGGAGAAGACACGGACCAAGAUUUAUGGUGACCUUUUCGAAGCUUAUGUCGGCGCAAUUAUAGCUUCAGAUCCCGUCCACGGAACUGACCGCGCAGCAACCUGGCUUAAGUCACUGUGGGCUCCCAAGUUAAAGCGCGAAAUCAAAGCGGAAGAAAAGAGGCAGCGCUGCCUGGUCGCAAGCACAGCCAGCCUAGGCACAAAUUCCACUCAGGGGCCGACUGAGAACUGCGCUGCCGUAGCGCCAAACCCCAAUCGAACACCAAAGGAGGCUUUAGCAGCCAUGCUUGUGGUUAAGGGAAUCAAGCUUACAUACGUCGAUCUUCCUCCUCCCAAAAAGAAGGACAAAAAUAACAACUUGCCUCUGUUCGCCGUGGCUGUGGUUUUGGAUGGUUGGGGGGAGUCUGGAUUACAGCUCGGUGUGGGUACGGCGAAGAGCAAGUCAGAGGCAGGCCAAGCCGCGGCACAGAGGGCCCUACAAAACAAGAAACUGAUCACAAAAUACUCGGAAUUAAAACGGGCGUCUCUCUCCACUAGCACUUAG